AUGAAAGCUCCAUUUCUUUCCCUUCUCAUCUUGAGCACUGCUAGUGCGCAGCAACUCAGGUUUGACAAGUCAGACACACAUGCUGGCCUUGCAGACCAAGACUGUCAGAUUCGCUGCCCUCAGAGUACCGACCCGUCCAAAAUCAUCCUGCCCGCCAUUUCCGAGGUCCAAAAUGCGACCGGGUAUUGGGAGAACGUCCUCGAAUGCUGGCAAGUGGACACCGUUUCGACUGCUCUCCCUGGCAUCGAUAAUGCCUAUCGACUGGACUGGGAGGGCGGGUUUGAUAUUGGCUACCAGUAUAUAUUCUCUGGCGAGUCAUUCAUGAAGGCUCAUAGUACCCCAGUGCCCAGUUUGAUUGUCAUGAGCAGUGGUAUUGCUUUCAUUCUCAAGUUGUUCAAUUUUUAUUUUCUAUUGACCAAGGACACUGUGCUUACUGGUUCUGGUACCGUAGGAGAUCUCCGCAUGUCGAAUGGAAGGUGUCUGCGUGUGAAGGCAGGAGACAACUUCUUCAGCGCAGGUACUCGGGGUAAAAUGACCGCUUGGUGGGCGGCAGGCACUGUUGUGUCUGAUUUUUAUUUCAAAAAUAGCGAGAUCCCGAGUCAUGUUGUUGUAGCAGAGUUGAAACUUGAGGCGGAAGGGGGUAGAAGGGCAGAGUUAUAA